CUGUGUAUUCCGUAAGCGGCUCGUCUGCUAUGGGCAGGGCCUCAGACCCGAGCCCCUCAAUUUUCCUUCUCUACCCGUAUUCAGCUUUUCACAGAUUAACUGAUAUCACCCAUUUCUGGAAAUAGAGACGACAACUCUUCGUACAUCAGAUUAAAUCAAUCAUUUUUAACGCAUCUGGUUGUUGCUGAAGAAAUUUAAAGGGCCACCCCAUUCGGGUGUGUGUGCGUGAUCUUGGAGUUCCUCUUUUUUCGGACCCUGUGAUGGAAUGACUGACUGCAAACUAUGAACAAAAUGGAGAACAUGACACUGGAGAGCAGUUUUGAAGAAAAACUGACACUGUCAGAAAAAGCUCUCACAUCUCCUCCAGGGAUGAGUGACACAAUUCAGAAAGACAAUGAAAUGGACAGCGAGAUCCUUAAAGCGGACGAUACGACGAUCACAGACUCUUCGCUCAUAACAGACCCGCCGUCAAAAAUCGAACCAAGCAAAUCUGACCCAAGACCCAACACACCUGGAGGCACUGCCAUCUCCCCUCCAAAAAAAGAUGGAAUGAGUUCAGAGCAACGUCAGAAACAGGCCAAAAAGAGACGGGAGGAGAGAGCCAAAUAUCUGGAACAGAAAACGCAGGAGCAAGCGUCAAAGAAAGCUCAGUGGUUGGAGAAGGAGGAGAAGGCCAGACGUUUGCGUGAAAGCCAGCUGGAGGAACGCAGGAGGAAACUGGAGCAGCAGCGACUGAAAACGGAAAAACGCAGAGCCCUGCUGGAGGAGAAACAGAGACAGAAACUCGAGAAGAACAAGGAGAGAUAUGAAUCCGCCAUUAAGAGGUCAACCAAAAAAACCUGGGCAGAGAUCCGUCAGCAGAGGUGGUCAUGGGCCGGCGGGUUAAACCAGACCUCACGUAGAGAGAUGAUUUAUGGUUAUCCAGAUUCAUCUUACAUGAUGGCAGGUUUAUGCAGAUGCUCGGCCUCCACGGUCAACCUGCCGCGGCAGACGGAGUCUGUCAUUAGCAACAGGCUGUCCAAGUCUUCGGCCACGCUGUGGAACUCACCUUGCAGAACCCGCAGUUUGCGUCUGAGCCCAUGGGAGAGUCGUAUCGUGGAGAGAUUGAUGACCCCGACCCUUUCGUUUUUGGCUCGGAGUCGGAGCGUGGCCACUCUCCAGAACAGCAGCGACACCAAUCAGUGUUCCCGGUCUGCAUCAGCGUCUCCUUUGACCGCCUGCUCUCAUCAUCAUCCUCACCAGCACAAUACUGACCGCUGGAGAGUCUCAGCCAGCACACCUGACAUCACACAACGCCAACCCCGACGCAACUCUGCACCGCUUGAAAAGAAGAAGAAAGAAAAGAAAGACAAAGAAAGAGAGAACAUAAAGGAGAAGAGCGCUUUAACUAAAGAGAAAGUCCAGAAGAAGAGACAGUCUGAGUCCAUCACCAGAACAACAACAGACAGCAGCUCAAAUAUAAAACCUAAAAACAGAACAUCAUCACCUGCCACGCCCAGGAGUCGCCCUCUCUCACCCAACCCCACCGUGUCCUCUAAACCACCCUCAUCUUCAGGCCGGACCCCUCCAGGCACCAAAACCAGGCCCAAGCGAGCUCAGACCCCUGCCCGGGUACAGGCCCCUGCCGUAGCUGCCGUCGCCGUGGAAACAAAGGAGCCCGCUCAGGCUAACCCUCCCAAGGACACAAAGACCCCCAAUGUGCCUGACAUCACCGUCUCCUCUGCCCCUGCCACGCCCACCACUACCAAUCCGCCAAUCGCAACGGCUCCUCAGACACCGGAGGCCAGAGUGUCCGCCACACCUUCGCGUUCCCUCUCUCCCGAGCCGAGCCCUUCGGUCGCCAAGCCGACAGCCGGUACCAAUGACCCGGAGGAAGCGGCCCGGGUUUUGGCAGAGAAGAGACGUCAGGCCCGUGAGCAGAGAGAGCGGGAGGAGCAGGAGAGACGAGAACAGGAGCAGAAGAGCAGGGAGAUGCGUGAGGAGCACGCCAGGCGUGAGGAGGAAGAGAGGAGGCGCAGAGAAGAGGAGGCGCGCUUCAUGGCCGAGCAACAGCGUCUGCAGGAGGAGAGGGAGGCGCAGGAGAGAGCACGAGCCGAGCAGGAGGAAAAUCAGCGCCUUCAGAGACAGCGCGAAGAGGCCGAAUCUAAAGCCCGCGAAGAAGCGGAAAAACAGAGAAUAGAGCGUGAAAAACAUUUUCAAAAGGAGGAACAGGAGCGCCUGGAGAGAAAGAAGCGUUUGGAAGAAAUCAUGAAGAGGACCCGUAAGAGUGACACUGGUGGACAGAAAGAUGUGAGGUCGCCAGCCCAGGUCAAUGGCAAAGUCUCUGACAGCGUAAUGCAGAAAAAUUCUUCAGACAAUCUUCAUACUCCUGCAGCAAGUUUUAACCAAUCACAGGGAGACUUUAAAACAAGCUCCUGGGAUUCGUCCCCUCUCAUAAAUGGUGUCCAGCCCACCAAGCAUCAGAAUGGACUGUCAUCCAAUGGAGACGCAGCACAGUAUGAGGAAAUCAUCAAGUUGUCCAAUCGUAGUGGCAGCAGCAACAAUGGCCAGGGUCAACCGACUGACCCAAUCAUGGCCUUUGAGGCAGGGGAAGAAUUUAGGAUGAAGGCGGGGCCUAUUAAACCCCAGCAUGUGGCAGAGGUUCUGUGAAAGCGUGAAUCCCACCGAAGAGACGAGAGAGGAGAAGCCUUACGUUACCACUGAAGAAGAGCGCCUGCUUCCUCCUGUCACGUGUGCCAAACAAACAGACUAAAAACACUGCACAGCAGAAAACAAACGUUUCUGUGGAAGCACUUUGAGAACGUGAAACGAGAACCUAAAAACUGAACACUUCUAUACACUUCUAUAAACCGUUUGCAGAAAGUCUCUGUCUAUUUCACUGUGUGUCAUGGUGCAACAUUGUCAAGUUUCUUUAAGAAGUCACCUGCCGAUUAUGUGGCACCUUAAAUGAGUCUCUAUAUAAUGAAUUUUAGCAAGAAAUUGACUAUCAUUAUGAUAUUGAUUAUAAUUGUUGUUGUUAUUAUUGUUGUUGUUGUUAUGAUGUAUUGUUAUUGUUCUUUUAAGUAGUGUGUCUUGAAAUAUUGCGUUAUUUAACGUGUGGAGAGGGUGAUAUACUGUAUCUUAAUGUAUAUUUGCCUGAAUAUGACAGACCUGUGGAAUAAAUCUUUAUGAAAGGG